GGGGGGGUGGACCUCACCAUGAUAGAUGUUGGAGUGUGUAGGGAGGAUCCUGUCUCACUUAAAACUGGAUCAGAACCAGAACCUUCAGCAGAGAGGAAAGAGAGCAGCACUGAGGAGGGAGCACACACACUUCUACACACUCAGCUUGCUGAACUCUGGACAGGCAACUUCAGGAUCCAUUCCACUGGACUCUCUUACCCAUCAUGCAUCAGCGGAGUGUCUAUGAGCGGCAGGGUGCGUCGGACCCCCAGACCCCCCAGGACAGAGCCUCUUUAUGGAGCUCCAAGCUGAGGACACAACCCACCCCUCGCUGCCCGGCUGGGGGAGCCUGUUCCUGGGCUUGGCUGCUGCUGCUGCUGGGGGGGUCUCUGCUGGUUCCUGGAGCCUGGAGCUUCCUGAGCGAUGAGCAGGAGGAGCUGCUGGUGGAGCUCCAUAAUUACUUCAGAGGACAGGUGUCACCCAGCGCCUCGGCAAUGAUGCCCCUGGUAAGAUGGCAUCCCUCCACCACCCCAACACCCGUAGCUCGCUGUCAGACAAACCCCAGCGGAGUGUCCUCGCUCCAGAAAUGGGACGCAUCGCUGAAGGUGAUAGCAGAAGGCUACGCUGCUAAAUGCAUCUGGAACCACAACCCAGAUCUGGAGGAGACCGGAGAGAACCUGUUUGCUGGCACUGGACAGCUGGACCUCCGAGCAGCGGUGGAGAAAUGGUUUAUGGAACAUCUGGACUAUGACUUCUACAACAACUCAUGUGAUGAAGAUAAGAUGUGUGGACAUUACACACAGAUGGUUUGGGCCGACACACAUCGGAUGGGUUGUGCGUUCCAUCUCUGUAACAACAUGGAGGGUCUGGACUGGGAAAGGGCCUCGUUCCUCGUCUGUAACUACUACCCAGCAGGGAACUAUGAGGAAGAGCGGCCGUACGUUGAAGGCGACUGGUGCUCCGGAUGUCCCGUAAAUCUGCAGAAAUGUGAAAACAACCUGUGUGUCCCUGAUUUGGAGGAAGAUGAACCUGAAGAUGAUGACACGAACAACGGGACCAGUUUUCCUCCUACACUGUCUCCAGGAGUAACUCUUUCAGAAACAGAGGAGCUGGCCGAGGAGCACCCCACCUCCUCAUCCACACCUGCCAGCACCACUGAGCUCCUCCCCACACGAGGACCUGAAGAUGGAGACACUCCACCACCAGGAACCUCAUCAGAGACCAACCUCCCACCUGGAGCCUCCUCCUCGAGGCCGAGCAGGCAGGAGGAGAAAGAGGAGCAGAGCAAGAAGGUGAGAGAGGAGAGUAUAAUCAGGAAGGAGGAAGUCUGGGAGAAAACAAAACCGGCGAUGACAUCAUCAGCUGCUUCCAUGUCCACGUCCAUCCUGACUGGACUCCUGACUGGACUCCUGACUCUCAGGCUGUAAGGAGACGCUGAAGCUCAACCCGUCCUGCAGCAGCAAAUGGGUCAGAUCCUAACUCACUCACCUGCAAGCAGCUGCUGUUUAACAACAUCUGGAUGAAGUCUGAGCUGGAUUACGGGACAAAUUAUAGCCUGCUUCCAUGGCCUCCGGUAGAACCCAGCCACUGACACGGACCUAAACGAUUUCACAGCAGACCGACUCGGAUCAGCUGGAACACCAGCGAAGCAGCUGAAGAGCUCAGAAUCCUCAGAGCAGCUUCAUCGUUUUAACAACAAGAUCUGAUGAAAACACAAACCGUCGCCGUUUCAGUUUGAUGCUACGGUUCUGGUGGGACGCAGCAGGAGUGGAGUACUCAUUAUCUACUAGAGAGUAAGACUGUCAGACAGGAUGAUUCAAGAUGGCCGCCCCUGCUAGCCAACAUUUUCAAACGCUGAAACGUCUCUAAUCAGACUCUAAGUGACUCGGAAAUGUCAGAAUGCUAUCCAGUCUCUGGAAAGGCGAUCGUUGAAGUGUUUUUAAAGGUUGAUGAGCUUUUGCGGCCAUCUUGAAUCAGCUGAUUUUAGGGUUAGGGUUCAGAUGUUUAGCUUUCACCUUUCAGAGGCAAAACGAGUUUGAAACCAUCAGAUUGUGUCGGUUUUUCCCUCGGCCUGACCAGCAGAGCGUAGAACCAGAACCAAAGCCAGGGCCAACUGGAGUCCAGGAGGACAGGAACGAGACAGAGGUGCACCAACAGUGAAUACAAACAUGGAGAGUAAAGCCAGUAGCACGGGUCCUUAAAAAGUCUUACAUUUGCUUUUCUAAAUUUAAGGCCUUAAAAAUCCUUAAAAAUGACAAAUAAUCCUUAAAUACAGUUUCCAAAGGUCUUAAAUUACCAAAGACCCAAUGAACAAGAAUUUCUAGUUAGUUUUCAGCAUUUUUUGUGUACGAUGAUGGCGUAAGCGGAACCGUACACAUUCAGUUGGUUGUGAAAGGGGGCUAUUUUUAGAUGAGCACAUUAGCUGGUUAAGCUAGUGGGAGCUUGCGCCACGGGGAAGUGCAAGUUUAAUGGUAACUGGAUGGCUAAUCCCACGUUAGCGACGUGGUUAGCACCGGUUCCAGACAAUAGCUGGAAAUUAUAGCUUAAAUUUAAUUUAAAAAAUAGCUUAAAUUUGGUCAAAAUGGCCUUAAAAAGGUCUUUAAAAGUCUUAAUUUGGCUCCCUUAAACCUGCAGAUACCCUGCAGUAGAGUGAAUGUGGUCAUUGUGUCCUCCAGUAGCAUAGCUAAAGGGAUGAGCCAAGACAAGCCAAGCUGACAGGGGUUUUAAAACUGAAAGCUGCUUCCAGAGGAGUCUGAGAACUGAAAGGUCUGCCUUCCGUUCUACUUAUAGAACCACGCCUGCAGUCUGAGAACCAGAUGUUCUGCUGAGAACAUCUGGAACAAGAAGAUAAUAGAAGAAGAAGGCUGAGCUUUCAGAGCUUUAGAAGUUCGAACUGAAAUACUAAAUUCAGCUCUGGGUCUUACAAGGAGCUGAUGAAGUGAUGCUAGAGAAUUUGAGCUCUCCUCCUAACUCUCAUCAGUACGGAAGCCCCAAAGGCCAAAAAGCAAGACACAAAGCUGUCUCAAUUUUUUUGUCUGACCACAUUUACUUUUUCUCUGGUGGAAAUUAGUUUGUGGAAGGAGGCAAAAACUGUCUGAAAAUUUUAAUAAAAAUGUUAAAGGGAUACUUUGCAACAUUUUUUAUUUUUAAAUCGUUUUCUUGAGCCAGUUUGUGCUAAAAUGACCCGUUACAGGGUCAACGAAAGUCCACCCAGCCCCUAGCGCCCCCUGUGGCCAGAACAUCCCACUUCCGGUCCGGUCUGUGGUGACCUGACUGACACUGCUGUCUGGCUUCAGCAGGUUUCCUGCAUGUUUUAGAUCAUGAACACAGCAGAUUUGUUUAUUUUAGUGAUGAACCACUCCUGUAGACACUCGGGAACACUGGGAGAUGUCCCAGCUGGUGUUAAAAAGACGAAUGCACAGCGAGGAGAUAGGUUUUGCUUCGGACACUAGGGGGUGCCAAAAGCAAGCCUAGUAUCCGUUUAAAAUCUUAAAAGGCAAAAAUCUGAUCCAAAAAUGUUUUAAAUAAUUACAAUAAAAUGUAUUUGUUAGUUAAAUAUUUUUCCUUCUUUCAGAAAUAAGAACAUCGCUUCCUUAAGUCGCUGUUUUCAAUCUUGGUCUGAGUCGGUUUGGUGAGAUGUGGAAUAUAACCUGUUUUUGGCCUUUCAGGGCUUCCAUACAUCAGAAUUAUUUUGCACAUUAAUAUUUCAUUCAAGUGCUGUGGAGAUUUGGGUGGACGUGAAUAAUCAGAACUUUUGCUGUAUUAGGAUAUGGGUCGAGCAGAACCGCACAGUGUGAAGGUGGACUGUCUGAUUUUUGAACUCAUCUCACGAGGAAACACCAAACAAGUAGGAAGAGUAGCUGAGGAGUCUUUUAUGUUCGAUGUGCUUUCCUGUUUUUAUUCUCCUGAUUUGUUGGCCUUAUUCUCUCAGAAAGAAACAGGGUGGUUUUUAUUAAUUUAUGUCUCUUUCAGCAGGAAUUUCUGCAUUUAUCUGGAAUAACUGGUAAAGAUGAUGUAAAUCUCUGUAGAUGCAAUAAAUAAAGGAAUACACUCUUUUGGUUA